AUGGUUGACAUCAAAAAUUUUUUUAAGGAAGCGUUAAGCUAUGAAACGUUUAAAAUUGUUAAAGUUCGAGACAUGCGUCUUGGUGCCCUUUAUCGUUCUUUUCAACUGGCUAUUUUCGUUUACAUUAUCUAUACAAUCAUACAUAAUGAAGGAUAUCUCAAAAAGGAACUUCCAGUACCCGGUGCAGUAAGAAUUACAUUACAAGCGCCAAAAACUUUUGAUACUCCUUAUUAUUGCAAUGGUGCUGUACCAUGUGUUUACUGGGGGGCAAAUGAUAUUCAAUACCCUAAUGAUGGAGCAGGAGUUGCAUUCUUCGCUACAAGAGUGAAAGUCAAUAGAUUUGACCCGCCAGCCAAUUGCAGUUUCCUUACACCAUCAACACCAGAUGAUCCAUGUAUUUUCAAUCCAAAUAAAACCAUUCCAGUCGUAAAUAUUUCUUAUAUUGCCGAUAUAGAGAAUUACACGUUGAUGGUUGAACAUUCAAUUCGAGCAAGCCUUCUUGAACAUGGUUUACGUAAUGGUAUACAUGGCUCAAUGGAUGGAGCACUUGUUAAUUUUAACGAUGAUCCCAUUAAAAGCUGGAAUAAUGAUACAAGACUUAAUGACGAUCCUAAUGCAGAUGGAGAUAUUAUGACAGUUCAGCAACUCUUAACGGCUGCUAGUGCAAAUUUGGAUG